AUGAACGGUAAUAAUGGCUCUGAGUCUGCUCCUAACGGUGAAACGAGCACGCCGGAGCCCAUUGCCAUCAUUGGGUAUGCCUGCCGGCUUCCGGGGCAGGUCACGUCUCCCAGUGAACUGUGGGAAUUAUGUACCCGAGCUCGAAGUGGCUGGUCUCCCAUCCCCAAAGAUCGAUUUUCUCUUGAUGCAUUUCAUCAUCCCAACCCGUCAAAAGUGGGCGCUUUCAACCCGGUGGGAGGCUACUUCCUAGAUGAAGACAUUGCGCGCUUCGAUGCACCUUUCUUCAACGUCACCGUCCAAGAGGCGACGUCCAUGGAUCCUCAGCAGCGUCUACUGCUGGAGUGCUCAUUUGAAGCUUUGGAAAGUGCUGGCAUUCCCAAAGAACAUCUUGCGCGCCGGAACGUGGGCGUCUUCGCGGGUGGAAAUUUUGCCGAUUACGAGCUUAACAACAUGCGCGAUAUCGAAACCAUUCCUAUGCAUCAAGCCACUGGCUGUGCUCCCUCCCUUCAAUCUAAUCGGAUUUCAUACUUCUUUGAUCUAUCAGGGCCCAGUAUCACUGUGGACACAGCUUGUUCUUCAUCCAUUGUGGCGCUUCAUUAUGCAGUACAAAGUUUGCGAAGUGGAGAGUCAACGGAAGCCCUAGUUGCAGGAUGCCGCCUGAAUGUGGUUCCAGAUCUUUUUGUUUCUAUGUCCAUGUCACAACUAUUUAAUGACGAGGGCAAAACUUACUCUUUCGAUGAGAGAGCCACUUCUGGAUUUGCACGUGGUGAAGGUGCUGGAGUCGUCAUUCUCAAGCCUCUUGGAGCCGCAAUGCGUGACCGCGACCCUAUUCGAGCAGUCAUUGCCAACUCUGGAAUCAACCAAGAUGGGCGAACAAAGGGUAUCACAUUGCCCAAUGGUGAAGCCCAGGAAAAUCUCAUUCGACGCGUAUACCAAGAGGCCAAUUUGAAUCCUGAAGAAUGCGGCUUUGCGGAGAUGCACGGUACCGGAACAAAGGCUGGCGAUCCAAUUGAAGCAGCAGCUAUUCAUGCAGCUCUCGGGAAGGGACGUACUCCGAGAAAUCCUCUCUAUAUUGGAUCUGUGAAAUCCAAUAUUGGUCAUUUGGAGGGAGCAAGUGGCAUCGCUGCAAUUAUAAAGGGAGCCAUGAUGCUUGAUCGAGGGCUAAUACUUCCAAAUGCCGAGUUUCGCAAGCCCAAUCCUAACAUUCCCAUGGAUGAAUGGAACAUGAAGGUCUUGACUACCACUCGACCUUGGCCUCCUCGGAAGAAGUAUCUGAGUGUUUCUAAUUAUGGUUUUGGAGGUACAAAUGCCCAUGUUGUUCUUGAGAAAGCACCACUGGAAUCUAAGGCACCAACCGAGGCAGUCGAGGAUGUCGAGGUAGACCCUAAGCGCAAGCUCUUCCUGAUAUCUGCCAACGAUAAAGAGUCUCUGCGGCAUAGAAUCAAAGACUUCGGGAUUUACUUCGAACAGCAUCCUGAAGUCUUUGAGAAAGCUCUCUUUGGCAAUUUUGCUUACACUCUUGGCAAUAAGAUGUCCCAUCUCUCCUACCGCGUGGCAGUCUCAGCGACCUCGCUGGAUGAGCUUGGCAUGCGCCUUGCUCAGCUGAAGAUCAACCCAUUCUUAGUCCUCGGUACUCCAAUUCUGUCAUUUGUAUUCACUGGCCAAGGAGCUCAAUGGGCACAGAUGGGUAUUCCUCUCAUACAUGAAUAUCCUGUCUUUGCAUCUGCCAUCGCAAGAGCCGAUAUAUGUCUACGUGAACUCGGGGCGGAGUUCUCUCUAUUCGAAGAGCUAGAGAAAGAUACUGCCAUAUCCCAAAUCAACUCUCCACAUCUGAGCCAGCCGGCUUGCACAGUGCUUCAGAUUGCACUUGUCAAUCUCUUACAGUCUUGGGGUAUCCGACCUUCUUCGGUGGUCGGCCACAGUUCUGGAGAAAUCAGUGCUGCCUAUGCCGCAGGAAUAUAUGAUUUGGAAGCGGCCGUGGCUCUUGCAUAUCGCCGAGGACAAAUGACAACCCUGCUCAAGGCCAAAUUCCCAACUUUGAAAGGUACCAUGAUUGCUAUUGGUGCUAGUCGUGAUGACAUCCAGCCCAUGUUGAAACCACUUCCUGGAUACGCCACUAUCGCUUGUGUCAAUAGUCCCUCAAGCGUUACCGUCUCAGGAGAUUUACCGGCAAUUGAGAGCCUCGAGCAGAUCUUGCAACACAAGCAGAUCUUUAACCGACGACUGAAAAUUGACGUCGCCUAUCAUUCUGAUCAUAUGAAGAAUGUAGCUGAUGCAUAUCUUACUGCUAUUCAAGAUAUCCAACCUUCUACAUAUGCUACAGCUGCAUUCUACUCUUCGGUUUUCGGUCGUCUUGCAGAACCCUCAGAGCUCGGUCCAGCAUACUGGGUCGCAAACCUGACAUCGCCAGUGUUGUUCCCAGAUGCUCUUUCCAAGAUAGUGUCGGAUGAUGAGACACGGCCAAAUCUUUUAGUCGAGAUUGGUCCACACUCUGCCCUCAAGGGUCCUAUAAUGGAUACCUUAAAGAGCCUGGGUCUCAUCGCGUCAAAGAUUGGAUAUACUUCCACAAUUCUCCGUAACGUGGACGCAGCUGAGUCAAUUCUCGAUACCGCUUCGGAUGCCUACGUGAGAGGUGUCAAUCUCAAUAUGACUGAGCUCAACUUCCCCAAGACCGGUGCUGAGAAUCGCUGGUUCUUGACCAAUCUACCUCGCUACCCUUGGCAACAUGGAACACGGUACUGGCAUGAUGCACGCAUUCCCCAAAAGCAUAUUACGAGAGAUCGUGCCAGAAACGAUAUUCUGGGUCUGUUGGCAAAUUAUUCCAAUGACUUGGAGCCAACAUGGCGCAACAUCUUGCGUUUGGAUGAUAUUCCUUGGCUACGGGAUCACCGAAUGCAGGGCAUUCCCGUCUUCCCUCUGGCUGGCUAUCUGGUCAUGGCCAUUGAAGCUAGCCGUCGCGGUGCUGAGCAGCAUGAUAUCCCAUUUACUCACUUUGAACUUCGAGAAGUGAUCGUUGGCGCUGCUCUUUGCCUCAGCGAUGAUACAGAUGCAGAGCUUACUAUUACACUUCGACCAUACGCCGAAGGUACUCGUGGUUCAUCUGAUGUCUGGAGUGAAUUCCGCGUGUGCUCCUGGAACUCAAAGAGAGCGUGGAUCGAGCAUUGCACUGGCCUUAUUCGAACUUGUACCGCCCAGAAACCACAUGCCGCAGCUAUUGACAACUUUCCUCAUGUCCAAACACGCUUUUUUGAGAAUCAAAUUUCUAAGGUGAAAGAAUCAGCUGUGAACCACACUGAUAUACCUUACAUGUACCAGGUUCUCAGUGAUCUCGGUGCUGGCUACGGUCCCACCUUCCAGGAUCUUGAAAAUUGUUACGCCAGUUCUUGUUCUUCCUUCGCCGAUUUGCUUGUGCCUGAUACGCAAAGUGUCAUGCCAAAGAAUUAUGAGUCUCCUCUGACUGUCCAUCCGUCAUUCCUAGAUGGAUUGCUCCAUCUGGUUUGGCCUAUCCUUGGACAGGGUCAGGAUCGCAUGGACUUGGACACUUUGUACAUGCCAACAAUGAUCAAGCAGCUCAGUGUUAGUCGCAAUCUUCCAACCACGGCUGGUGAUUAUGUCAAAGCCUACUGCAAUGGAAGUCCCAGUUUGCCAAAUCCUAAGCCGACUCAUUUUGACUUGUUUGCAACCCAUGAAGGCUCGUCAGAGCCUUUGAUCACGAUGGGAGGUCUCAUCAUGACUCCCCUCAGGGAUGCCAACAAUCAUCGUGAAGAAGUUCGUAAAGUCUGCUACAGAAUCGAUUGGCAUUCAUUGGCUGAGAUCGAAAAUGUCAGAAAUGAGACUCAAGAGUCUAAUAGUGAGGCGGCUUCAAAUGGCAGUAGUCAUGUCAGUGGAGCAAAGGUCACCAACGGACACCUAGAGUCAACCCAGCCCCGGCAUUUCAAUGGCGAUCCUAUCAAGCGACGUGAGGUGUUUGUCAGUCAUUUCGGGAAGUCCGAUGGAACUGCCAAUACACUGAGCAGUCUUCUGUCAGAUAAACCUGGCUGGAAAGCUUCUGUGAAAACAUUUGGCGAAACAAAUUUCUCUGACAAACAUCUUGUCCUACUUCAAAUUGGAGCUAGCUCGCUCAGAUACCUCACCGAAGAUGUGUUCGAAGAUCUGAAAAAGGCCCUGCUCAAUGCUCGUUCCGUGCUUUGGGUCUACCGAGCGGAUUUUCCAGAUGCACAAAUGACAGUUGGCUUGACUCGCACUCUACGCUCGGAGACUCUAGCCAAUAUAGCCACUCUUGGUAUCGAGCCUGAAGACAUCAAGAGCCCCGAAUACCCUAUUCUAUCAGUUAUUGAUGCUCUGUGGCCCACUGACGGCACUAAGCCUGUCGCUGACUUUGAAUUUAAGGCCAAGGGCUCAGAGCUGUUCGUUCAGCGUAUUGUCGAAGACGAUGCUGCCAAUGCAUUUGUCCACAAUGAGACUCACGACAUGCCAAUCUCAACCCAGCUCUUCAUCCAGCCUGGACGUCGAUUCAAGAUCCAAAUUGGAAACCUGGGUGCACUCGACUCUCUCUACUUCGUGGACGAUAACCUACCCCCCUUGGGGGAGAAUCAGGUGGAGCUUGAAGUCAAAGCAACCGGUUUAAACUUCAAAGAUAUUGUCGUUACCAUGGGCCAGCUUUCACAGCCUUACAUGGGAAUCGAAUGCAGCGGCAUCGUAUCGAGCGUUGGCACAAAUGUGAAGAAUGUCAAGGUUGGCCAGAGAGUCAUGGCGUUGCCUGAAGGUGCUUUCUCGACCUAUGCACGAUGCCCUGAUACCAGCGUUGCAGAAAUCCCGGACACUAUGUCCUUUGAGGUCGCGGCUACAAUUCCAGUCGUUUUUUGUACCGCAUACUACUCGUUGUUUGACCUGGGUCAGCUGCAACCAGGCGAGCGUGUCCUGAUCCAUGCCGGCGCCGGUGGUGUUGGUCAAGCUUCAAUCAUGGUUGCUCAAAUGAUCGGUGCUGACAUCUUCGUUACCGUCGGUAGUCUUGACAAGAAGCAAUUCUUGAUGACUCAAUACGGAAUCUCGGAGGACCGCAUCUUUUACAGUCGAGACACAUCCUUUGCUCGUGGUAUUCGGAGAGCGACUGGCGAAGUAGGCGUGGACGUUGUCAUUAACUCUCUCGCUGGUGAUCUUCUUCGAGAAACUUGGGAAUGUCUCGCGCCAUUUGGUCGGUUUAUCGAAAUUGGCAAGGCCGACAUCACAAAGAAUACUCGGCUCGAUAUGCUUCCAUUUGAUAAUAACGUCACGUUCGCCUCAGUUGAUCUUACCAAGGUUGCCAAAUUUAGGCCACAGCUGAUAAAACGCCUCAUGGAUGACGCUUGUCGGCUGAUGCGCGAGAACUCAGUCCAUCCUAUAUUACCACUUUCCACCUAUGCAAUCUCAGAUAUUGAGAAGGCUUUCCGUACUCUGCAGACAGGUAAAAGUAUGGGCAAGAUUGUUGUUGUUCCUCGAGAUGGCGAUCUCGUCAAGGCUAUCGCACCAAAGACUAGUUCAACUCUUCUGCGCCCUGAUGCAUCGUAUAUCUUGAUUGGUGGUACGGGUGGUCUAGGUAGAAGUAUGGCCACGUGGAUAGCCACUAAGGGCGCAAGGAAUAUUGUCCUUGUAUCCCGCCGUGCAGCUAUCAAUGAGAGAGUGCAGGCUUUGAUUGACAGUUUAGCUCCUUUGGGGGUGCAAAUCAUCGUCAAGGCUUGCGAUGUCAGCAAUCCAGAGUCUGUCGAGGCUCUCGUCAAGGAAGAGAUGAAAGAUCUUCCUCCGGUACGAGGUGUGAUUCAGGGUGCGAUGGUCUUGCGUGACAUGCUUUUCGAGAACAUGUCCCUGGACGACUUUACAGCCGUGACAUCCAGCAAGGUCGAAGGAUCAUGGAAUCUACACAACACCUUAAUCGACACGCCCCUCGACUUUUUUAUUGCUCUCUCAUCCGUGGCUGGCAUAGUCGGCAACCGUGGCCAGACAGCAUACUCUGCAGCAAACGUCUUCCUAGACGGAUUCAUGGAGUAUCGCCAAUCCCUCGGUUUACCAGGAACAUCAAUUGACUUUGCCGCGGUCAGUGACGUCGGUUACCUAGCUGACAGUGACGUUCAGCGUCGCCAGGAAGUCCUGAAAAACAUCGGCAGUCAGACCAUCGACGAAUCCGAGGUUCUGGCACUCGUUGCCGCCGCCUUGACAGGAGACUUGAACCAGUCCUGUGUCGGACAGUGCAUUACCGGCCUGGCAUUGGACUCCUUGGAUAAUAACUUUUGGAUCCAGGACGCCAAGUUUAGCGUACUUUACGAAGCUGCUAAGGGCCAGCCCGGAAGCAGCUCUCAGCGAGAUGGACCCUCUGUCCCGCUGCAAGUUACUUUACAGGCUACGUCGUCUAAGGAAGAGGCUUUGAUUGUGUGCUAUGAAGCGCUGGCCGCUAAAUUAGCACAGGUCCUUGUCAUCUCCUUGGAGGAUAUGGAUCCUUCGAUUACCGUGGCUUCAUUGGGUCUUGAUUCACUGGUAGCCAUUGAGAUUCGAAACUGGAUUGCUCGGGAGGCCAAUGCUAACAUUCAAGUCCUGGAGCUCUUGUCCAGUGGGACUUUGAUGGCCUUGGCAGAGAUUAUCCUGAACAAGUCUCAGGCUUAUACCUCUUCUUAA